UGUUGCCCAAACUGGCGUGGAAAAUGUUCAGUUACAGUUUGGGAGAUUGUCCACUCAGCGGAGUUCUCUGUGCGAUAAGAGCAGCUUCACACAAGCUGCAAUUUUCAGCCAUUUCUAGCUGCCAUUUCUAGCUGCUGCUUUUUGUUUCUCGCUUGUUUGUUCACUCCAUUGUGUGCUGCUCUUUUGUUGUUCUGUUGCUUCCUACCUGAGAUUCUGUCUUCUUUCCUGCCAUGGCUUUGAAAUCCUAUGCAAACGAGUUUGUUUCCUUUCUCAACGCGUCGACCUCGCCCUAUUUGGCUGUCGAGUCGAUCAAGAAGUUACUUCUCUCGUCCAACUUCACAGAGAUCUCUGAAAGAUCAAACUGGUCAACAAAGGUCAAGAAGGGCCAAAGUUAUUUUGUUACCAGAAAUGGCUCAUCAAUCAUCGCUUUCACUGUGGGAGCAAAUUGGAAGCCCGGUAAUAGCUUUUCCAUAGUUGGAUGCCAUACAGAUUCUCCCACCUUAAGGAUUAAACCAAUAUCCAGCAACUCAUCCAAUGGCUAUAUUCAAGUUGGCGUUGAAUGCUAUGGUGGCGGUAUUUUCCAUACUUUUUUUGAUCGUUCCUAUGGUAUCAGCGGUAGAGUGAUGAUAAACAGCAAUGAUAAACUCAUUCCCAAAAUCAUUCAAAUCAACAAGCCAAUUUUGAAUAUCCCUACUUUGGCUAUCCAUUUAGAUAGGGCGGUAAACCAAAAAUUCGAGUUUAACAAGGAAACACACUUGUUACCCAUUGCUGGUUUAGAAAAUAAAGCAGAAACACUCGAUCAAACCAAAAACUCAAAUAAUAGCAAACAGGACGAAACAUCACAGGGUGGUUGUUCAGACCACGAACAAGGCAAAUUAUCCGAUGAAGAAUUCCACUCGUUGCAAACCAUGGUUCAAAGACACAAUAAGCUGCUAAUCGACCUUAUCGCCAAAGAAUGUGGUUGUGAGGUUUCUGCAAUUGAAGAUUUUGAAUUGAUUUUACACGACACAAAUCCUUCUACCAUCGGCGGAAUCAACGAUGAGUUCAUAUUCAGUGGCAGAUUGGAUAAUUUGACUUCUUGCUUUUGCGGUUCCCAAGCAUUGGUGCGUGCUUCAAAAAACAUUGAAAAUGAGUCUGGUAUCAGAUUGCUAGCCUGUUUUGACCAUGAAGAAAUUGGGUCUCAAUCUGCCCAGGGCGCUGAUUCCAAUUUUAUUCCCGCAGUUGUUGACAGACUUUCUUCUAUUCUUGGUACUGGAGAGGAAUCGAUCAUCAACAAGAACCAUUUGUACCAAUCUGCUGCAAAAUCCUUUUUCUUGUCUUCGGACAUGGCCCAUGGUGUUCAUCCCAACUACGCUCUAAACUACGAGAGCAAACACAAGCCAGGCCUUAACAAAGGACCAGUCAUCAAGAUCAAUGCCAACCAAAGAUAUGCAACAAACUCCCCAGGAAUAUUGCUUGUUAAAAAGUGCGCUGAGUUGGUCAAGGUCCCCUUGCAAUUGUUUGUCGUUCGAAACGACAGUCCCUGUGGCUCCACCAUCGGGCCAAUUGUCUGCUCGAAAUUGGGCAUUAGAUGCUUGGACAUUGGCAAUCCCCAGCUCAGCAUGCACAGCAUCAGAGAAACCUGUGGAACAGACGAUGUCGCCUCGUUGGUCUUGCUCUUCGAAAGCUUCUGGGAGAACUUCUCCAGACUUGAACCCACCAUUUUGGUUGAUGCUGUCGAGUGAUGUCGGUGCCACGGCGGCGGGUCUGCCUUUUGUUGACAUUUUUGAGGCGAUUUCUAAUCCUUCAUCUCUUUAGUCAUUUAUAACCUGUAACUCAGCUAU